AUGGCAACAGAAUCCGCCUCCGCAAAACGCGCACGCACACGCAAGUCGCGAGGCCGCGGCCUACGCACAACAAAUGGAUGUUUUACAUGUCGCAAGCGUCACAUCAAAUGCGAUGAGGUGAGACCGAUUUGUGGGGCUUGUGGAAAGAAUAAUCGCUCGUGUGAUUAUGCAACGACGCCUGUCCCUCGUCGCAAUUUCUUGGAUACUGUUAUUGAUGGGUCAAUUUCGCCCUCUCGAUCGAGGGUGCAGAGUGCACAGAGUCGUGCGAGGCAGGAUACACAAAGUCCGCUGCGUAGUGGUGGGGAUUUGUCCCCCCGGACAUUACCUCCACAGGAGCUACAGCCUCAGGAGGCAACAUCUCAGGAACUGUCUGCUCCCCAGGCACCAACUCCCCAUGCAAGGCAUGGCCACCUGGCGGGUGUUGACUUGACUACCCACCAAAGUCCUGUCGCACUGUAUCCAAACGACCUUUCUCCUUCAAAUGCCUCGUACAUCUUACAGUCCGUGACCGGGUCAUUCUCCUCUCCUGGACCAACUGUGAAUGCGGCAGCGAGUUGGUGGUUUGAUCUGUUGGCAAACGAUGCUGCCAGAUAUCACCAGCAAGUACCAGCUAUACCGACUGGAUAUGGGAAUGACAAUCUCCCAUUUGAGUGCCCGCAAACUGGUGAUCAAGUAGAGAUCACUUCCCUGCAACGAGCUACACAAGUACUUGACCUCCCUCGUGUAAAUGGGAUUGUGGGCCAGGGCUCCAUUGUUUCACCUUCGCAGUCCAGCAAUGCGGGUGAAGAGGAGCACAUCUGGCAGUCCCGCGAGCCGAUUGAGCUUCUGCCUCGGGGAAAAUUUUCUAUCGAUCUGUUUGACCCGACCAGCCAAUUCUCCACGCUCGUUGCACAUCUGGCAAUACGGAAUGCCGGACUAUUAAACGCCAUUCUCGCCCUAGCCUGUCGACAUCUGUCCCUAAAUCCCCGCCUGGAUAAUGAGGAUCUACCAAACAAAGAAGCAGCCCUCCAAUACUACUACCAAACCCUCCACUAUGUGCAGAGAGCAAUGCAGAAAUCCAGUUACAUGACUAGUUGGGAACUCCUCUCAACAGCCCUUAUUAUCUCAGCAUAUGAAAUGCUAGACAAUUCCUCCAACGAUUGGGAACGACAUCUCGAAGGUGUAUUCCUAAUUCAAAGAUCUCAAGUCAUCCACGGCGAAUCAGGCGGAUUACAAGCCGCUGUCUGGUGGGCAUGGCUCUGCCAGGAUGUCUGGGCUGCUUUCCGAGAGAAGCGCAAGACUUUGACGUUCUGGACUCCUCAUAAGCCCCUCUCGGCAUUGUCACCACACGAACUGGCUGCGCGCGCCGUGUAUAUCACUGCUAAAGUAAUCAAUUAUUGUGCUGAGGAGGGCCCACAUGUUGAAGGAUAUAUUCAGCGUCGGCUGGAUAAGGCUAAGUAUCUUCGAGAUAUGCUUGAUGACUGGCGGGAUCAUUUGACCAUUGAGUUCUCGCCUUUGCCUACCAGCUCUCGUGAGAAGACGGGGAGUUUCCGUCCUGUCUGGAUUCGCCCGCCUGCAUUCGCUGUUGCCAUGCAGUUUUAUUCUGCUGCGCGUAUUCUCUUGAUCGCCCACGAACCAAGUCUUGGAGGGCUCACACAAUAUCUGGAGCGACAGAUUAUCGUCCAGCGUUGUGUGGAGAGGAUUUGUGGUAUUGCUAUGACUUUGAAAGACGACGCCUCUAGUCUCAUGUCAUCACAAGCUUUAUUCAUUGCUGGAAUAUUUACACAAGAACCCCACGCCCGAGAGGCUAUAUUAGAACUACUGGAAUCAUGCAGGAAAAGAACCGGCUGGCCGGUUCGGUCCUUAGGAGAUGAGCUACAGCAAAUCUGGGGUCUGCACGAACCUACAAGGUCUUAG